AUGGCAAUCAUAACUGAACAAAGACGCAUAGACAUCAUGAUAAAGGCCCAUGUUGGUAAGUACAUCUUUGGAGUAGCUCAAGGCAUCUUUAAGCCACUUCCAGUAAAACUCAGCAAAGACGGCUCCUCCAGUAGUCGACAAGGUGCUACUCCAAGUUAUAGCUCCGUUGAGGAUACGAUCGCCAAGAAGCUCAAACAAAGCGGGAAAAUUAUCACGCGCAUGCUUCAAGAUAAGAUCUUCACAGAGAGCUGGUAUAAGAUGAAAAAUGCAAUUAUCGAAGGAGGAAUUCCAUUUGAAAUGGCUCAUGGCUCGCACGCCUUCAAGUACGUAGGAUACGACCAGAGGUUUAAUCAAGCUUUCAACAUAGGAAUGAACAGCAUCACCACCAUGCUUGUAAAGAAGAUUCUUGAGGUUUACAUGGGUUUUGAGAACCUUAAGAAAGUUGUGGAUGUUGGUGGUGGUCUCGGGGUGGCCAUUAGUCUAAUCACUACCACAUAUCCUCACAUUAAGGGUAUCAAUUAUGAUUUACCUCAUGUUGUAAAAGAUGCUCCUAAAUAUCCUGGUGUGGAACAUGUAGGAGGAGACAUGUUUGCAAGUAUUCUCGAUGCCGAUGUUGUUUUUAUGAAGGGCAUACUUCACGAUUGGUUUGAUGAAGACAGCAUAAAAUUGUUGAAAAUUUGUUACAAAGCUCUUCCAGUAGAUGGAAAAGUGAUCGUUGUGGACGCAGUUCUGCCAAGCAUCCCAGAUAGUAAAAGUAUUACGAAAAGCAACUACCUGCUCGAUGUACAUAUGAUGGUCCAAACCCCGGGAGGGAAGCAAAGGAGCGCAGAAGAGUUCAUGGACUUGGCAACUGCUGCUGAUUUUAGUGCCAUCAAAUUAGCAUGCUUUGCGGCCCAUCUUGGUGUCGUUGAGUUCUAUAAGUAGGACAGAAAAAUGGCAUACUUUCAUACAUGGUAUGAGA